GCAGCUUUGUCUACUCCUGAACGCAGAAAACAUCUUCCACUCCAUGGCAGACAUACUGCUUCGGGAAGAGGACCUCAAGUUUGCCUCCACCAUGGUCCACACGCUGAACACCAUCCUGCUGACAUCCUCCGAGCUCUUCCAGCUAAGGAACCAACUGAAGGACCUGAAGACCCCGGAAAGCCGUAACCUCUUCUGCUGCCUGUACCGGUCCUGGUGUCACAACCCUGUGACAACCGUGUCCCUCUGCUUCCUUACCCAGAACUAUAAGCAUGCCUAUGACCUCAUCCAGAAAUUCGGGGAUCUGGAGGUCACCGUGGAUUUCCUCACCGAGGUGGACAAGCUGGUGCAGCUCAUUGAGUGCCCCAUAUUCACAUAUCUCCGCCUGCAGCUGCUGGAUGUGAAGAACAACCCCUACCUGAUCAAAGCUCUCUAUGGCCUGCUGAUGCUGCUGCCCCAGAGCAGCGCCUUCCAGCUCCUCUCCCACCGCCUGCAGUGUGUCCCCAACCCUGAGCUUAUGCAGACCAC